CCCAGGCUGCACAAAAACAGCUCAACCGACCACAUCUCACUUUGUCUUGCACCUACACCCUUGAUCCAGACCAAACUCGUUUCCGUUACCGAUACUCAAACUCUCGUUCAGAGCUUAAAAAGAGAUUAAUAUUCCUCGAGAUCUUGGCCUAGCUCAAAGCCAAUCGACAAAAUGACGCUCUACUACAGCCUCGUUUUCCUUCUCCUCGUCUUCGAAAUGGCGGUCUUUCUCGGCCUCAUUAUCCCUCUUCCUUAUACGGUGAAGAGAAAGCUCUUCGCUUUCAUUUCAGAAAGCCCGAUAAUAGCGAAACUACAAUACGGACUAAAGAUCACGUUCAUAUUCAUUCUCAUCCUCUUUAUUGACAGCGUCAAUCGCGUCUACCGAGUUCAGCUUGAAACAGCGGCCUUUUCCAAGGAUACUACUUCUGUUGGCAGAGCUGCCGCCCUUGGUGCUGAACGUAUGGAAGUCCAGGCCCGCAAAUUCUACUCUCAGCGAAACAUGUACCUCUGUGGCUUCACCCUGUUCCUAUCCCUCAUCCUCAACCGCACCUACAUUAUGAUCUUGGAAGUUCUCCGUCUCGAGGAUCGCGUUAAGCUACUUGAAGGUGACAAGAAGGCCGGCGGCAAGGACUCCGCCCGUAUCGCCGAAGCUGGAGGCGUUGGUGAGAUCGGUCGCUUGAAGAAGGAGCUCGAAGCCAAGGACCGAGAUAUCGAAACCUUGAAGAAGCAGACCGAGGGACUCCAGCGCGAAUAUCACAACCUCGGUGACAAAGUUUCUCAGUCGGACAGUGCCCCCAAGAAAGAUCGAUGAAUUGCCCAGAUUCUGAAUGCUGUGUUUGUCACCGUGAGCGGUCUUUUGGCGCUCACUAAGAACAGAUAUUGCAUCAAGAGAUCAAGCUGGUUGAUUACUAACGCUGUAGCCUUGGUUUUAGUAGUAUAAAGCUUAAUUGUCUUCUCGGCGAUUUCUCAAAAUGAUAAGCUAUGCAUUCAUUAUCCUCAUUUCGGCAUUGUACACAAGUCAAGGUUAGGUUCAUCCCUAUUCGUCAGAGGAAUGAGGUGAUAGAGUCAGGAGUGUGGGAGUGGUCUGUGGAUUAACUUCAUGUUAUCUUGCAUGUUUUCUAUCACUAUAUUUACAACUAAGUGUGAAUAACGAAAGAGCCUUUUUCCA